GUCAAUCCAAGCAGAAUCUAUUGGCCAUGCACCCGGCUUUGACAACCCUUGAUAUAAUAUGCACCAUUAGCUCGCACACAGAACAUGGAUCGCUUCCUGCACUUGCAUCCACAUGCCGCGCGUUUGAGCACCCAGCUCUCAAUGUCCUUUGGAGGGAUCUGCAGUCUGUGGGGCCACUUGUCAGGUGUCUACCAAGUAACUUGUUUGGCAUUGAUGAAGGAUGUGUGGUAUUACAGAACCCUAUUGACGGCAAGAUGUGGGACACCGUUUUCAAAUACGCGUCCCGCGUGCAUACGAUCACUGUAACGCAGUCAGACUGCUUGAAAUUUCUCGAGCCCCUCAGCGUGUUAAUGCUGUCUUGUCCUUUGACACCUGCGUCCUUGUUUCCGAACCUUCGCAAAUUAACGUGGCGUCCUGGAGGAACCCACAUCUUCGCAGAGAUUUUGCGCACGAUUCUGGUACCCUCCAUGUCGGUCUUGGAUGUACAGAUUUGUUCAGCUUCCGCUGCCUUGCUCUCGGUCCUUUCGUCUAUUGGCACCUUGUGUCCUCGCCUCCAGAACAUGACUGUGACUGUUCGAAAUGCCACCAACGACUCGUUGCGUAAAAUUUCACCUUUCAUCACACAACCUAUUUCUCAGCUUCAUCAUCUUCACACGUUGUCGGUAUGGGAUCUCGGAACGCAAGGCAUGGAGCACGUUAUGCAGCUGCGAGCUCUGCAGUCACUGAGCUUGGACUUAAAAAUAUCGUCAGCUUGGCACGCAAAAUCGCCUUUGCAAUUCCCUGGCUUUCAUGAUCUGGAAUCGUUGGCCCUUUCUACCUCUACGCUCCAGCACGCCUCGAACUUCUUGAGUUCACUUCAGGUCAUCAGGAGCAAAGAAAUCCAGAUCGUCUUCUCCGAGGUUGCGAGAUCCUCCACAAGCGGAUCUACGGCGUUGUCCCAUUUCUUCACCGUCCUUGAGAGAUGUGAUUACGACAAACUUGAGUCCCUUAGUCUACAUGGAACCUUGGGACCGGAAUACACACUACCGGGCGUCUUCACGUCAUUGCAUGCAUGUCGUCAUUUAACUCAACUAGUCAUCGAGAGGGUCUGCUACAUUUCCAUGUCUGACGAGGAGCUCUGCCAGCUGGUGAGCGCCUGGCCCAAGCUCAAAGUCCUCAGAAUCAUCUGCUAUGUCACCACCAAUAAAACCACAGUACCUACAUUCCAUGGGCUAAUCGGGUUACUUCGACUCUGUCCCGCUUUGAAUUCACUCGCUCUUGUCAUCGAUACCACCACCAAGUUGAGCGGCAUAGAUCUCCAGUGCCCCGGCGGUGGAAGUCGCAAUAAGCAUAUCAAAUCCCUAGACCUCGGAAAUUCACCCAUCAAUUCUCCGCUCAAUGUAGCUUUGAUCCUGAGCGGCCUUUUCCCCUGUCUCAAGCAGGUCAAUCAUGCUUAUGGGCAGUAUUCAAUGCCCCAGAGGAAGCUGGUGAAGGAGCAAUGGGACUUGGUGAACAGCAUUCUUGGUGGCUUCAGAAUUGUAAGGAGGCGGGGCAUUAAAGCAUGAUCGUCUGACUGCUUGGCUACGCUUUGAAGCAUCACCUUCACUUUUGACGAAUGUACGCAGUGCUUACGAUAUGUGUGGCUGCCCUUAGACCGUCAUACUUUCGUCAUAUAAUGCAAUGGGCUCACAUACUUAGUGUUUCUUACUCAUGUUAUCAAUACUUACGAACUUGAUGGCCACAUGUCCGGGCGAUGCAACUUGUCAACGUAUCUCAUAUUUGUGUUCUCCGAUACAUCAAAUCUACAUUCAACGGAUAUUAGUAGAGUACGGGUGCAGUCAUGGUACCAACGGAAUGCCUCGGAAUGCUCGUGCAUUUGAAGCGACUAUAAAAACCAACUACAACAGCAAGAUGACAAAAACAACAUCUCUCUCUACACACCCUCUCCA